AGUUGUCAGUUGUCGAACUAAAUUCCACGGUAGCGGGUUACAGAACGGUUUUUAACUUUAAUUUUAUUUGUAACAUCGUGUAUAUAAAACAAUAUUAAUUAAACAGUAAUUAUGUAGGUCUGUGUUACUUCAAAAGUGUUGUUCAGUGUGUUUUUGUGAUACAUUUACACGUUUUGUGUGAUGCCAAGCUGUUGAAAUAACGGUAUUGUUGAGCUGUGAACUGGUGUGGUAUCAAAACGAACACACCUAGUAAAUGAAGCCCGUUUUUGUGAAUAAAAAGUACAGGAUGCAACGCGUGUGAUUUUCGACUGACACUAUUCACGAGAACCAAAGAUGGAGACGCGAUGGAGUUUCACAAUCAUCUGGGCAGCUGUCUGUUUUGCUUCAGGGUCCACAAACAUGUUACCAGUUUUCACACAGGACAUGAACAACCUAGCGUUAUCAGAGAGCACGCCAGUCGGUACCAUGGUGUACAGGCUGCAAGGAACUGACCCUGAAGGAUUGCCGCUAACAUACAGUUUGGUUGGAACAGACAAGUUUUCUGUAGACCCCGUGACUGGUGACGUCACCCUGAAGAAACCGCUAGACAGAGAGAUGGAAGACACGAUAAAGUUCCUGGUUUCCAUAGAAGAUGAGGAUCCAGCGAAAGAACAGAAUCUUGUGCAGUCACAACCGGUCACCGUCAUCGUGCUGGAUGAGAAUGAUAACCCACCUAUGUUUAAAAAUAGUCCUUAUGAAGUCGACGUACCUGAAGACGAAGAAGUUGGAAAGACUUUAUUAGACAAUAUUCUUGUAGAAGACAGGGAUUCCGUGGGAGACAGUCUUGAAGUGGGAUGUGUGCCCAGUGAACAGUGGCCUGAAGCUUGUGAAACAUUUGAAGUGGUAGCCCUGAACUCAUCAGCUCACCAGUAUACCGGAGCGCUGGUGCUGAAGAAACCGCUGAAUUACAAUGAAAGACAGUUCUACCAGUACCAGUUGUAUGCUACUGACGGCACCCUUAACUCAAGUACUCACAUAGAGAUCAAAGUAGUAGAUGUUCAGAACACCCCGCCAGUAUUCAGCGGCUCUCUCAGCGCAGCCCUAGCUGAGGACGCCCCGGUCGGGACGCUGGCCCUCACCGUGCAUGCUAGAGACGCUGACCGGGCCCGGCCUAGGCCUGUGCUGCUGGAACUAGUUACUAAUCCCCUGGACUUCUUCCUACUAGACAGUCAGACAGGUGAACUGAGGACUGCUAAGCCACUGGACAGAGAAGCACUAGCUGACCCAUCAUCACCUCUUAACCUUACCGUUAGAGCAACAGAACUAGUAAACGGCGUCCCAGUAAUCUCCGACCUAACUUCGACCCUCGCUACCGUCACCAUCACCAUCAAGGACGUGAACGACGAGCCUCCUCGCUUCAACCGUCGCGAGUACUUCGUGGAGAUACCUGAGAGUCUGCCGGUGGAGACUCCGCUGCCGAACCUGGAUAUGGUGGUCACUGAUACUGAUGUGGGCCUCAACUCAGUAUUCACGCUCCGCCUAUCAGAUGAGAUGGGAGCGUUUAUAGUAGAACCGUCCACGGCGACUGGUAGUGCUUCUGUCACGUUGCGGCUCAACUCCACACUGGAUUACGAAGAUCCUAAUCAGAGGAAGUUUAUUUUGGAGGUAAUAGCCGAAGAAUUACACACAUCCCCCCGACUAUCCUCGAAGGCCAGCGUGACGAUAUCCCUGCUGGACGUGAACGACAACGCUCCGCAGUUCCCCGACGAGCCGUACUCCGCUACUGUUGCCGAGGCUGCCCCUGCUGGCACCAGGGUCGCUACUGUUAGAGCUACUGAUAGAGAUACUGGCAGGUUCGGCACAGAAGGCAUAGUAUACGAGCUAUCAGGCAAUGGCGCAGAACUGUUCCAAGUGGACCGACGCAGCGGCCUCAUUACAGUAGCGCCGUGUGCGACGCCCGGCACCGCGCCCUGCCUCGACUAUGAGACGAGGAAGGAUUACUUCUUGCAGUAUAAGGCGACAGACGACGAUGGAGCCGGACAAAUGACAGUGGUCUCCCUGCAGAUAUCAUUAACAGACUCCAAUGACAAUCCGCCAGUGUUCCACACGCCAGUCUACAAGGCUUCUAUUGAUGAAGACGCUGUCAAGUUUGAGCCGGAGUUACAGGUGCAAGCUCGAGACAUAGACGCGACAUCAGAUAUUCGCUACUCGAUCAUCGACCCCCCGACCCACCCGUUCUCUAUCGACCCCAUUAACGGCAAGAUAUCUGUCGAAGCCGGUGGAGUUACACCGCCUGAAGACAGUAAUAAGAUUUUGUUGACUGUGCUGGCGACAGAUGGCGUUCACAACGCGACUUGUAAAGUUGAGAUAGCGGUCCGUGAUGUGAACAACCAUCCUCCCGUCUUCGAUACCGAUAGAUAUAAUGCUGAUAUUUCUGAAGAUGCUCCUAUAGGUACGGAAGUAGCAGCCGUUCGUGCCACAGAUUUAGACAGCGGCAUGAACUCAGAACUCAAGUACUGGAUACAGAAGGGAGCUCUCGACUCCUUCGCUAUACACAACGAUACCGGCGUAGUCACUGUGUCAUCCAAGCUAGACUAUGACAAGAGGAACACUUAUACUAUACAGAUUGUUGCUACUGAUUUAGGCAUACCCAGUCUAACCGGCACCACAGAACUCACAGUAAACGUAAUAAACGUGAACGACAAGAAACCCUUCUUCACCCCCUCCAUACAACGAGCAGAGGUAUCCGCUGAUGCAGAACUGGGUUAUGUAGUACAUACCCUGGUGGCUGAUGACCCGGAUAUCACGGAUAAUGCGUCCUUGGUUUUCAAUAUGGGGGAUAAAGUUAUUAGGGCGGUUGAUAAGAAUGGGAAGGAGGUAUCAGACGAAGGUAUCUUCGGUUCCUGGUUCACCGUCCAGCCGAACGGCACAGUGAUAGUAACACAGAAGCUAGACAGGAGCCGAGCGGCAGUGCUGACGCUGCCGGUCACAGUCACUGACGCUACUGCCGCCACGCUGCAGGAGGCCGAUGGCGAGCUUAUAAUAACAAUAGUGGACGUAAACCGGUUCGCACCCGUAUUCUCCCAGCCCUCAUACCUGGAGAGCAUGGCGGAGGAGCAGCCGGUGGGCACCGUGCUGAACACGUACGUCGCCACCGAUCGCGACACUGCCGUGCAGGCCACGCUCAUACACCCGCCCAGCCCCUACUUCACUAUCGAUAAUGUUACUGGUGUAGUAAAAACCGCUCAACGCCUGGACUACGAGAAACUCCACAGCAUCAACUUCACUCUCGUCGCGUACGACAGCGGCGUGCCGCAGCUAUCCACGUCGGCCGGCGUCACCGUGCUGCUGCGGAAUGUUAACGACGAGGAUCCCGUGUUUGUGGCUGCGGCUUACGACGCUGCUGUUACUGAGCACUCUCCUGCUGGUACCAGUGUGCUCACUGUUACUGCUGUCGAUAAGGAUGAAGAUGAAUUCGGCGAAGUGACCUACAGCCUAUCAGGGGAUUCCUCCGAGCAGUUUGCUAUAGACCCUCAAACCGGAGUCAUCACGGUAGCUGAAGGUGCCUCACUGGACCGGGAGGUGACAGCAGAUGUGUGGCUGCGAGCGAUCGCGUCUGAUAAUGCUCCUGCGCAUUUAAGAAGGAGUACCAGUGUGCCUGUCCACAUAAAAAUCCUGGACAUCAACGACCACGCUCCGAUCUUCAGUCAGAACGUGUACAAGAGUACGAUAGCCGAGAAUCUGCAGCUGAACCCCCCGGCUGCUAUACUGCAGGUCCUGGCUGAGGAUAAGGAUGAGGGGUUGAACGGAAAGAUUGCGUACAGGAUCGUGGAGCAGAGUGAGCCGGGAGUAUUCACAGUAAACCCACAAAGCGGCAUCAUCUACCCCUCUAAACCCGUUACUGGCAACACCUCCUACCACCUGACCGUGAUGGCACAGGACGAGGCGGGCGCCGGGCCGCACUCCGACAUAGCGCGGGUCGACAUCACCGUGCUCAGCGUCAACAGGCACAGUCCUGUGUUCACGCACCCACCGCCUGAGCAGAGGCAGCUGGAGAUACCUGAGAAUGCCGCCCAAUCAGACUACCUAAUCACCACAAUAAAGGCGGUCGACGAGGACAGCGGUGAAAACGGCCGCGUGUCCUACUUCCUGAAGGUGGAUAACCAGAACGUUGGUGAAACACCCGAGUUUAGUCUGGAUAAGGACACGGGAGAGCUCAGGACUAAGACCUUCUUGGAUAGAGAGCAUAAGGCUGAGUAUCAGCUGGUAAUAGCAGCAGUAGACAACGGCACUCCGGCCAAGUUUGAGAGCCUCCGUCUGCUAACUGUAGUGCUGGUGGACGACAACGACAACGCUCCGAUGUUCGCCUCACCCCUCCACCAGUUCUCUGUCAACGAGAACCUGCCACCCGGGGUUAUUGUGGGUACUGUGAAAGCCACGGACAAGGAUUCUGGCGAAAACGGCAAGGUGUACUACCACGUGUUGGAAGGCAACCAGGAAGGCGCCUUCACUGUCGACAGGACGCAGGGAACCAUUAGAGCUAAUAUCAGCUUUGAUAGAGAAAAACAAUCCGACUACACCCUCACAAUAUACGCGAGCAACAACCCGAUACUAGAGCACGCGGCCGCCAUACUGAACUCAGUGGACAACGCGACGGACGGACACGAGCCCAGCGUUACUGUCGUCAGGGUCAAGGUCAAGGACGACAAUGAUAACGAGCCCAAGUUCCAGCAUAAGGUUUAUUAUGCAGGAAUAAAACACACAGCCCUCGUAAACGAGCCUAUAAUCUCCGUGAUAGCUGAGGACCCGGAUCUAGGCGAGAACGGUACCCUGGUCUACAUGGUAGCUGCCUCUAACCUGUACAAGUUUGGAGACUCCCAGUCCAGUGGCAGUGUUGUACCUUCGCCUUUUAAUAUCAGUCAGGAUGGUAUCCUGAUGACGGCACACUACAUGGCGGAGUACAACCAGGACCGGUUCGUGUUGGACAUCAUCGCGCAAGAAGUGGCGCCGCCGCAGCGACGGGCCACAGCUCAAGUAUAUGUAUGGAUAAUCGACCGGUCCUCAUUAAUCCGCAUGGUGGUAUCCCGCGGCUGCAGCACAGCGCUGGGCGGCGUGACGCGAAGAUUAGCCUCUGCAUCAUCAGCACUGCUGGUGCCGGGCAGACGCCUGCCGCUAGUGCAAGCUGACAGGAGAUAUGAUGACUGGUGUGAGAUCCACCUCCACGCAGUAGAUCCGACCACAUACCAAGUGCUACCAGUGGAGAAAGUUCUAGAAACCAUCGACUCUAAGUACGACGAACUGAAAGACGUGUACCAAGAGUAUGGCGUGGAGACUCUGAUUGCUGCCAGUGCUACUUCUAAAGCACCGGAUAGCUUCGAUCCAGCACUAGCAGCAUUAAUAGCUCUUCUGAUCGUGUUGUUCACUGGCAUCGUCACUUUCAUCGUUGUUUGCGCGUGUCUUAAACACUGGGUAAUCCCCCCACCGUCCUUACAAUCCAGCAAAGGCGACAGUUUAGCCCGUCGCCGUAUUCUAGAAGAGCUGUCCACUACUGAGAACCCUCUGUGGCUGGAGACCAAACUGAGGCCUUAUGAGGAACAGGAGCUCACCAUGAACGUCUUUGGAGACCAGAACGAACAGCCGCCCGCUGAACCUGCGCCGACGGACAACACAUAUGCAACGAUCCAGGGCAGCCGCACGACGGAGCGUUUCGGCGACUACGCCACGCUCGGGAACGACUCGCCCACGCCGCUUGAAGCAGCACUCGGCUUCCAGGGCAGUACGUUUAAGCCACCAUCACCGGAUACGCCAGAGCCGCCUCCCAGACCCUCAGGGUUAGGUAUUCUUUGAUGAUACGUCAACACAAAAUGGUGGAAGAUUUAUAUAUAUAUAUUGAUCCUGGCCGAUUUCGGCCACAGCGACUUGGAUCUGCGCUUAAUUUUUAGAGCUUCGCUGGUGUGCUCUCCAGUGACUGACAAAGCC